AUGGUUCGGGUGCUGCUGCUGGCGUGCGUGGCCAUCGCAGCCGCCGAGAAGCUCCACAACUGCGACGACCUCAACCUCGACGCCUUCUUUGAUGGUAUUGACCGCAUGGCAUCGCUCGCCCCGUGCAUGACCGACGCCGGUGUGACCGACUUUGCUUUUCUCGCGUCGUCGGCGCCGCUAAGUGGCGAGCAGUGGGCCGCCUUCUUCGACAGCGCGUCCUGCCGCGCGCUCUACAACAACCUCUCGGCGACCAUCUACGACAACCCAAAGAUGCCCAAGUGCCAGCUCGACGCCAGUGGCACGACCCGUCGCGACCUCGCCAAGUGGAAUUUCGACACGCUGCGCAACUAUAUGCUCCAUGACAUCAUCCCGCGCUUGCUAUCCAUGAUCCAACGCCUCGUGGUCCCGCUGCUUCUGCUCGCCCUCGCUGUCGUCGCCGCAUCAGGCGAGAAGGUCCAUCGCUGCGAAGACGUCGACUGGCACGAGCUCCAGAACAGCCUCGUCGCGCUCACAAAGGACCCGUCGGUCGCUGCUUGCAUGGCCGACGCGCCGCUGCGAGGGAUCGCCAAGCUCAACGCGCCGACGCUCACGGCCUUGUUGAACAGCCCUGCGUGCGAGACGCUGUACGCCAAGCUCGCUGUGGUGUACAACAGCGACAAGCUGCCAGUAUGCAUGCUUGACAAGGCCGAUACGCGCUACAAGAACCUUGGCAGCUGGUCCUUUGCGCAGUUCAAGGAGCUCUACGGCGCCCUCGUCGAGCGGCUUCCCGCCAAGUAG